AUGGAAUGUGAUAAUUUGAUUAAUGGUCUUAAUACAUAUAUAGACAAUUUGAAUUAAUCAUUUUCUUUAUCAGAAAUGGUAAUCAGAUAUAAAUAUUCAUUAUAAAAUGAGAGAUUAGUACAUUUGAUUUCAUUUUAAAUAAAUUAUUAUUUACAUUCAACUAUCAAAUUCAUUGGUUACAAAUAAUCAAUCACAAAAAUUAUUUCAGAAUAGGCUUCAAAAUUAACUUAUACAUUUAAUAAUGUAUAUUAAUACUUAUUAUUAUCAUAAUUUCAUUAUUAUUAGAUUGAUGAUAUUUGA